CUUAUUGCCCACACCCACAGUAACACGCCCACUCCAACAAGGCCACACCCACUCCAGCAGGGCCAUGCCUACUCUUCUGAUAGCCACUUCCUGGGCCAAGCAUAUUCACAGUGAGUCAAGGUCUCUCUUGUUUCCGCUGCUACGAAGUAUACUUGAGGUAGCUGGUCCUCAAGCUUCCAGCUGACUCUCUUGUUUCUACCUCCCAUCUCACUGUAGGUAGGCUGAGAUUACUGAUGUGACGACAGCAUCUGACAUUUGAAAAGCAUUUAUUCUAUUUUAUGUCAAUCACAUACAAUAGCCUUCGGAGGGUGUUGGAUCAUCUGGAACUAGAGUCGCACGCAGUUGGUUAUGAGCCAUGUGGGUGCUAGGAACCAAAGUUAGGUCCAUGGUAAGAGUAAUCAGUGCUCUUAACUGCUGGGCCAUCGCAGGUCCAGCCCCUGAAUCUGACUUCGUAUAUGGAUCCUGGAGAUCAAACUCAAGUUGUCAGACCUGCGCAGUGGACAGCCCUGCCCAGUCUGCCAACUCCAGUUUUUAACUGUAUAAGCAUGGAGGCCCUGGGUACUGGGAGAGACCGCACCUCCCAGGCCUCAGCCACUGAAAGCCUGGAUUUGCGACGGCUGUCCACGCGCGCCGACUCUGCCUACAGCUCUUUCUCCACGGCGUCUGGUGAUCCCGAGACGCACACGCCGUCCCCUGGCACAGAGCGCCUCCCUUACCUGGACUGGGACUACGUGCGAGUGGUUUGGGGCAGCCAAUCUCCUACCUCGAAGGACGCUGUCCUUUCAACGACUCAGCGACCUGGGCAGGCAGUCGCUGGGCACAGUGACCCACGGUCCCCAGAGGUCCAGGGAAGCCCGGGACCACUAAACAGACAAGACACCCCACUGUUGUACGCGCUGGCCGCGGAAGCUGAAGCUACAGCACGCACCGCAGAGCCGCCCAGCCCGCCAGCCUCGCGGGCCGCCUACCGCCAGCGGUUGCAGGGUGCACAGCGACGAGUGCUGCGGGAGACGUCCUUCCAGCGAAAGGAACUUCGCAUGAGCCUGCCGGGCCGCCUGCGUCCCGCAGUCCCCACGCGACCUCCCACGGUGCACGUGCGCUCAGCCUCCAGCAGCCAGGAACUGGGAGAAGAGGAGCCGGCACGCACCGCCGUCCCAGCGCGGGCUGCUGCUGGCCCGGGGCGUCUCUCCAGCCAGCAGCGACAGUGCUGCUUCUCUGAGCCAGGCAAAUUACAUCGCGUAGGUUGGAGUGGUGGGCCCACGGGUGAGGACUUGAGAGAAGAUUAUUCCACGCAGGAGUUGCAGCGUGGGAUGCCCGCAAAGUCCAAAGGGCUGCUGGAGACUCAGUCCCUAAGCUCAACGGAGCUGAAUUCUGGGCCAGCGGGUCUUGGCAAUGCCCUUAGACCUGCGGGUCGGAGUCAGAGUGUUUCAGGCGAGGUCAUGGGUCCCUGCACGGGUUCAGAAAGGACUGUGGCCACUGUCCAGGCUGUUCCUCAAAGAGCAGACACCCGCAGACCACUGCUUCACACCAAGCUUUCCAGGUUUUUGACUCAGAAGGAGGUCACAGGAGUGUGUCCUGGAGAGGCCCUCCAGGCCAAACCGGCUGGCUGUGGUCGGAGAAUCUCUGAGACCUUGGUGUCUACUCCGGGCCCCUCCCUCCCUGAUGAUGAAGUGUUCCUGAGAGAAGCCAAAACACCAUCACCUCAAGAUUCCCAAGGGCUCCCAACCAGCACCUCCUACCGGCAGUAUGAAAACGACUUAAGCAAAAAAGCUGGUCAGAUUGCAGUUUCAGCAGAGAGACCCCUCCAUGAGUCUCCAGGGAUCACGGGAACAGAGGACUGUGGGCAAGCGGUGAACAACUCUGUGGAUCUCUCCAGACCCACAAGCAUUCCAGAGACUACAAAUGACGACAUCCCAACCUUUGACACUAAUGGGACCACUGACCCCUCUGCAGCUACAGAGAAAAAAACCCUCAAGCCUCCCUCAGUCGAUGUCUUGAGACCUUCAGACUCUGAGACUGAAGGGUCCCCUCACCACACUUCCCUGACUUGGGGCCAGUUUGAUUCCAAGACUACUUGGCCUAGUCGGCAUUUUGAGGCGCUGGUUCAAGAGCUGACCAGACUGGAUCCCUCUUUGAGCCGUACUCUUGCCGCACAGCCCGGUCCAGAGCCACCGCUGGGCCUGCUGGAUGGGCUUUUUCCUGCCGAAGAGAUCCGAAGUGCGAUGAGGCCAGCCCUUGAGGAGAUGGGAGAGAAGGCUGCUGGCGCAUCGGAGGAAGGGUCUUGCGGACAACUCACCCAGGAACUGCAGACUUCCCAAGAGGCAUCAAGAUCUGAAAACUCUACCCCCGACCCUGACCAAUCAAGUGACCAGGAAUUCCCAGAAGGAAACAACACCCAGGCCAAGAAAGUGGAACUAGCCCGCCUCCUCCAAAAGAUGCUGCAGGAUCUUCACGCUGAGCAGGAGCGACUGAGGGGGACCGCCGCAGACUGGACCCAACGCAACGGAGCUCUGGAGGCUGCAGUGAGCCAGGCCUGUACACCUCGGGAGCUGGAGCGGUUCCGCCGGUUCAUGACUGAUCUAGAGCGCGUGCUUGGUCUGCUGCUGCUGCUAGGCAGUCGCUUGGUCCGUGUAAACCUCGCCAUGGCUAGGGCGGGCUCAAACAGCGACCCUGAAGAGAGGGCCUCUCUGCGGCAGCGACUCCAAAUUCUGCAGCGACAGCAAGAAGAUGCUAAGGAGCUGAAGGAGCACGUGGCUCGGCGGGAGCAAACCCUGCGUCAGGUGUUGGAGCGGGAGCUGCCCGCAGAGCAUCUGCGCUCCUAUUGUGUGCUGCUGGCCUCCAAGGCCAGGAUCCUGUCACAGCAGCGCAGCCUGGACGAUCGAAUCCGGUUCCUUAAGGACCAACUGGACACUAUCUGGAGCGACCUCAGCCAUCAUCCCCUUUCUCCCAGACUGACCUGGACCCCAGCAAUCUGUCCUCUAAACAAACAACCUUUUCUUGCUACCCUUAUCUAGUUACAGGUAGCGGAGAUGGGAACAUUGUCCCAGGCUCACCCACAACUGGGGUGAUGCUUUAUAGAGAGCUUUCCCUUGAGAGAGUAGGGAGGAGUCAGACCAGGCCUUCCUAGGACACAUCUUCCCACGGUGUUCUCCUGUGACCUUAUUCAAGUUUGUAAUUCUUUGGGAAUUUGUGGGUCGUAAAAACUGCAGUAUUCAAA